GAGGAAGAGGAAGAGGAAGAGGAAGAGGAUUUUACUCAGUGUGUCUGACAGAAACUGAUGAAAACAUUCAGAUCUCUGAGAAACACCAUGAAGGACACGUCCAUCAGAUUUCUGCUCAUUCUGACUUUAAUGAUGUGCUCCACAACAAACAAAGUCCUCCCAGCUGGUCUGACUGUGAGUCCCAGCAGAUCCCAGUUCUUCAUGAGAGACUCUAUGUCUCUGAGCUGUGAGGAGGACAACAUCUCUGCUGGAUGGACUGUGAGGAGAAACACAACCAGAGGAACCAGAACUCAGUGUGGAGAUGGAUGGGGAGAACCAGCUGGUUCUUCUUGUAACAUGAGCCACCUGUUCACAGAUGAUACUGGAGUGUACUGGUGUGAGUCCAGAGAGGGAGCAGCCAGCAGCAGCAUCCAGCUCACUGUCUCUGGUGGAUCAGUGAUCCUGCAGAGUCCUGUCCUCCCUGUGAUGGAGGGAGAUGACGUCACUCUGAGCUGUCAAACAAAGACUUCCUCCAACCUCCCAGCUGCUUUCAUUAAAGAUGGCUCCCUCAUCAGGACUGAGCCUGCAGGUCACAUGACCCUCCACCAUGUGACCAGCUCUGAUGAAGGUCUCUACAAGUGUAACAUCAGUGGUCAUGGAGAGUCUCCAUCCAGCUGGAUCUCUGUCUCAGUGAAACUCACCACCACCACUUGCACCACCUCCAUCCCUCCAACCACUCCUCCUCCUGCCUCCUCAUCAUCUCUUCUUUCCAUCUUGUUGCCUCUUGCAUCUUUAUGUGUUGUGUUUCUACUGGUGUUACUGGUUCUACUGGUGAAGAGACAUCAUCACAAGUCAAAAGCUGGUAAAGGAGACGACAUCACGUACAGCGACGUCCAAAUAACUCAUCUUCAGCAACAGAAAGUCAAACCCAGCAGAGAGAGUUCUCCACCCACCAUCUACUCUGACAUGAGAACAGAGGAGCUCAGUUAUGGACCCAUCAACAUCAGAACACACAGAACCAGAACCAAAGAGUUUCCACCAGAACCAGACAUCAUCUACUCUUCAGUGAGGUAGUCCACCAGUCCAACCACUGACCUCCAGCUGCUGCCUUCUAACUGGUUCCUCCAACAAACUCUGUUCUCCUCAGCGUUCAUUUAUCUGAUGGUUCCAGUCCGGUGCUGCCCACCAUCAUCUCACUCUAACAACAUUUCUCUCUGUAUGUAGAAUAAAAUGGUUCCUCCACACA